CAAGAUUUGACCAUGGACUUGUGGCUUAAACUUUUGGCCUUGGGCUUCGUUUUUCUGGACACAGAGGUGUUUGUUGCCGCGCAAGGUUCAGAUACCACCACAGCUGGACUGCCUUUAGCAGAGACACCCAGUGCUCUGGCUUCAGUUCUCCCCUCACCUGCUCGCACCACUGCAUUCCUACCCACCAGCAUCUCUGAAAGAGACAAUGGCUCCUCAGAGGCCACGACUCCGCUUAGUGCAGGUGUUACACCAGCAUCGGUGCCCCAACUUCCCAGGCACUCUGACUUGCAGACGACUCCUCCCGGAGCUAACACUCAGACACUCAGCACAAAAGCUGAGCUCACCACACUCACGCCGGUUGCAGACAGCAAUGACACAUCAGAUGUCUCAACAGGGUGGACUGUGGCCAACACCUCCCUCACAGUCCCAGGUCUCACCUCUGCAGCCACCCUCAGCCCCGCAUACAACAGCUCUGCUGCCUUACCUGCACGCACCACUCACAGCCCUUCCAAAGAGAACUCCUCAGAUUCCAACUCUGCAUCCACUUCACCACCCACUCCAACUGCAGCAAGCACUGUCACUCCAACUGCAACAAUAGAACCUACUACAAGUCUGCCAGAAUGUGCUGAAAAAUAUGCAAACAUCUCUGUGACUUACAGCCAAGACACAAACACCAAGUUAUUUACAGCACACCUGAAUGUUGAAGAGGAGGUGCAGUGCACACCUAAUUGCACAAACAAAUCAAUACCUGAACUGAAAGCAUGUGACAAUCGCAUGGUUAAUAUUUCUCACUUAUGUACUGGAACCAUGGUGUUAAACUUGACUGUGCCACCAGAGCGUGAAAUGUUUCAGUUACAUAACUGCACCGCAGCUGAAAAAGCCAAUACAUCUAUUUGUUUACAGUGGAACAUAACCAACAACUUUCAGUGUGAUAGAAAGAAAAUUAAGUACAGCUUUGACUGUGGUACCUCUGGUCUAUCUCACAAGAAUAAAAUUGAGUUAACAGGCCUUAAGCCCAACAAAAACUAUACCUGUGACUUACAAGUAUCUUAUGAUAACUACCAGCUUAUUCAAGAACAAAGAGUGAUUACAACAGAUCUUGGAAUUCCAGAUCAGCCCACAAUUACUUGUGAGGUGAAAGGUGCACAUGAAGUGAUGGUGAACUGGACUGCUAAAGGUGUACUCAGUGGAUACACACUUUGUAAUGUAGAAGGUAAAUGUGUCAAAUUUAAUUGUUGGAGAAAUGAAGAAUUACUAGAAAUGUGCAUUGAGCCACAGAGCCGGGGAGCUCUCGGCAUGGACUGUGGUGGGCACCCUAAUACCUUUGGUUUUGCAACCACUUCCAUGUACUAUCCUAAAAAGAUUGAUAAGACUGAAGAGAGCUGCAAUAAUCUGACUAAAGGUGUGACCCAACAUUGUUUGAAAGGAUUGAAACCUUUUACAGACUAUUCUGUAACAUUAUAUGCAUAUGUCCAUGCAAAAGUGACACGCAACGGGAUUGCUACCAAGUGUAGCUUCAAAACCCAUGCAGCAGCUCCAGGCGAGGUCCAGAAUGUGUCCAUCACCCAGAAGUCAGAUAACAGUGUGCUUGUGAAAUGCCAGAAACCUGAAGAGAUUAAUGGCCCCGGCAUAAAAAAAUACUAUUUGGAAGUCCUAACUGGAAACAGCAUAGUUAGAAACGAGAAUAAUACUGUCUGCAUGUUCUUGGUAGAGAAUCUUCACUACUCAACAGACUAUGACUUUAAGGUCUAUUGUUCCAAUGGCGAGUAUAACAGUACUAAAGUUAAAAUGUCUCAGUCAACAUCCUACAAUUCUAGAGCGCUGAUUGGUUUCCUGGUAUUUCUGAUCAUCGUGACAUCAGUAGCACUGCUUGUUGUGCUCUAUAAAAUCUAUGAUUUGCAUAAGAAAAGAUCCAGCAACUUAGAUGAACAACAAGAGCUUGUUGAAAGGGAUGAUGAAAAACAACUGAUGAAUGUGGAACCAAUCCAUGCAGACAUUUUACUGGAAACUUACAAGAGAAAGAUUGCUGAUGAGGGGAGACUAUUUCUGGCUGAAUUUCAGAGCAUUCCAAGGGUGUUCAGCAAGUUCUCCAUCAAGGAUGCCCGAAAGCCAUCAAACCAGAACAAAAACCGUUAUGUCGACAUACUUCCUUAUGAUUAUAACCGUGUUGAGCUCUCUGAUAUAAAUGGAGAUGCAGGGUCAAACUAUAUCAAUGCCAGCUAUAUUGAUGGUUUCAAAGAACCCAGGAAAUACAUUGCAGCACAAGGUCCCAGGGAUGAAACUGUGGAUGACUUUUGGAGGAUGAUCUGGGAGCAGAAGGCCACGGUCAUUGUCAUGGUUACUCGCUGUGAAGAAGGAAGCAGGAACAAGUGUGCUGAAUACUGGCCCUCGAUGGAAGAGGGUACCCGGGCUUUUGGAGAUGUGGUGGUGAAGAUCAAUGAACGCAAAAGAUGCCCUGAUUACAUCAUCCAGAAACUCAGCAUCACAAACAAAAAAGAAAAAUCAACUGGGAGGCAGGUGACCCAUAUCCAGUUCACCAGCUGGCCUGACCACGGGGUGCCCGACGACCCACACCUGCUCCUCAAACUGAGAAGGAGAGUGAAUGCUUUCAGCAACUUCUUCAGCGGCCCCAUCGUGGUGCACUGCAGUGCUGGUGUGGGGCGCACAGGCACCUAUAUUGGAAUCGAUGCCAUGCUGGAGGGCCUGGAAGCAGAGAACAAAGUAGAUGUUUAUGGUUACGUGGUCAAGCUCAGGCGGCAGAGGUGCCUGAUGGUCCAAGUGGAGGCACAAUACAUCCUGAUCCACCAGGCUUUGGUAGAAUACAAUCAGUUUGGAGAAACAGAAGUGGGCUUGUCAGAGUUACAUCCCUACCUCCAGAACAUGAAGAAGAGAGACCCUCCCAGUGAGCCCUCUCCCCUCGAGGCGGAAUUCCAGAGACUUCCUUCAUACAGGACCUGGAGGACACAGCGUGUUGGAAAUCAAGAACAAAACAAAAAUAAAAACAGGAAUUCUAAUGUCGUCCCAUAUGACUUUAACAGAGUGGCACUGAAACACGAGCUGGAAACAAGCAAGGAGAGUGAGCACGAUUCAGACGAGUCAUCUGAGGAUGAGAGCGACUCGGAGGAAACAAGCAAAUACAUCAAUGCCUCCUUUGUAAUGAGUUACUGGAAACCUGAAGUGAUGAUCGCCACUCAGGGGCCGCUGAAAGAGACUGUCGGUGACUUUUGGCAGAUGGUAUUCCAAAGAAAAGUCAGCAUUGUUGUUAUGUUGACGGAGCUGAAGCAGGAAGACCAGGAAAUCUGUGCCCAGUACUGGGGAGAAGAAGGGAAGCAAACAUACGGAGACAUAGAAGUUGCAGUGAAAGACACAAAUAAGUCCUCAGGUUUUACUCUCCGUGUAUUUGAAGUCAGACAUUCCAAGAGGAAAGAGCCUCGCACCGUGUACCAGUACCAAUACGCUAACUGGAGUGCAGAGCAGCUUCCCGCAGAACCCAAAGAAUUCGUCUCUAUGAUGCAGAGUCUCAAACAAAAACUGCCCAAGAAAAACUUCGCUGACCGGAACAAACACCACAAGAACGUGCCUCUGCUCAUUCAUUGCAGAGAUGGGUCUCAGCAAACGGGCAUAUUUUGUGCCUUGUUAAAUCUCAUGGAAAGUGCAGAAACAGAAGAGGUUGUAGAUGUUUUUCAAGUCGUGAAGUCUCUACGCAAAUCUAGGCCAGGAAUGGUCUCCACAUACGAGCAAUAUCAAUUCCUGUAUGACAUCAUUGCCAGCACCUACCCUGCCCAGAAUGGACAAGUCAAGAAACACAGCAACCAAGAAGAUAAAAUCAAGUUUGAAAAUGAGCUGGACAAAGCAAAACAGGAUGGGAAUUGCAUUAGUUCCCCAGAUGUCCAAGAUAAGACCCAGGAAGGGAGCAAAGAGGCUGAAGAUACGGAGACAACAGGCAGCCCUGAAGAACCAGAACAUUCUGCCAAUGGCCCUGCAAGUCCGGCUUUAACUCAGAAUGCAUAGGCACAGACAUAGGUGCAGUAACUCAAACAAGAGGGCAGAAUAGGUACAAGUGAGUUAAUGAUGUGCAUUGGACACGUGUGCAGGAAGCCUUUGUUUUACUACUUCUGGAAAAGUAUUUAAGAUAGUUUUGCUAAGAAGUUCUGUACAGGUUUAUGCUUGCUUUUAGAUUUUGUCUGCCACUGAACAAACCCACUUCUCUGCUGUCUGUGUGUGUGUCUGUGUGUGUCUGUGUGUGUGUGAAUAUAACUUUCAAGCGAAUCCCAGUGUGCUUGAGAAACUCUGUCUUUUCAUUUUUUUGAAGGAAAAACCUCUCCAAUUUUAUAUAGAAAGUGUUACCUAAACUUGAAGGAUCUACUUUUAAAUCACAGCUUUCACACGGACUAUGUAAGAAUAACAUGUACAUUUCUAGAAUGACCUCAAGAUGUCCUCCUUGUUCUAUUCAUAUCCAUCUUUAAGUUUAGACUUCUACAAAGUGUCUAUAAAAGUAGUAUGGGUGAAUGUUGUUACUAUGAAAAAUUUAACAGAGUUAAUAUUUGGCAAUCUUAUGUUCCAUAUGUUAUCUUUUAGUUCUAUAACUUUUAAGCAUAUUUAAUCUAAUUUUAAAAACCUAAUUGACUUUUUUGCUAUAUCACCGGGGGUUUACAAUUUUGCCACAGAUAUUUUCUGUACACAGAUGAAGUUUAUUGCUUGUGACUUUGGACCAAAAAUGAUGCUUGUUACAUAGUAUGUUUCAACUCAAAUAAAUAUCUUUAAAUAC